AAAGCCAUAGAGGAUGAGAAAACGCGAAUCUUGCAACAACGUGGACCCUGGAUCAUGGAGGACAUUUCUGAUCACAUCAGAGCGUGGUUCAGAGAGUUUUACGAUCAAGCGCAUGCCUUCGAUCGCUAUCCGGAAAUUUGGGAAGGAGGAACGAUCCUGGUGAUCAAAGGAGAAACAUUGACGCCAGAUGAAUAUAUGGAAGUUCAGAGAAAAAAGGCAUUGGAAAAACUAAAAAGUGCCGAACAAAAGAAGAAGGAAGCUGAAGCCAAAAAGAAAGCGAAAGAACUGGAAAAAGAAAAGAAGAAGGCAGCCAAGGAGAAGCUUAGAGAACGAAGACGCGAGGAGAAAGAAUUGGAGAAGAAAGAGGGCAAAACAUAUGACUUCAAGAAACCUGAGUUUGCUACCAAUGCGUACAUUACGAUCGAGGAAUCAAUAGCACGGUAUGAGAAGGACUGGUAUUUCAUCGACGAGUUGGAAAACGAAGACGAGCUUCCGAUAAUGGAAUGGAUUACACUGGACAAAUUUGCAGAAGUUCAUCAAGAAUUGCGCCCCAUAGUGGACGAAGUGCUUCGUGGAGAGCGCGAACUGCUUCAAAAGGCCUUAUGUAAGGAUAACAAGAAGAAGUACAAGCCUGCCAAACCGAAGAAGGAAAAAAGAAAACGAAAAGGGAAGAAGGGCAAGAAAAAGAAGAAGGAAGCACCCGAUUUGACUGCGGAUCGCACAAUUGAUUCACUGUAUGAGGAGCUCAUCGAAAAGAGCGUAAUUCGAACAUAUAAGAAAAAGAAAAUCGACGAUUUCAUCGGCGAUUACAAUUAUGCAGCGUACGAGAAAAGAAAUUUCCUACUGCAAGAUCCACUGGCUGCUAUGGGAGAGGUGCGUGAUAUCUUAAAAACGUGGCUUUUCGGAAUGGGUCCCCUGGGUCUUCCAAAGCCUAAAUCUUUCUGUCUGCUGGCACCACCGGGAUACGGCAAAACAUUGCUAGUAGAAGCCAUAUGCAACGAAACGGACGCAGUUCUGUUCGAUCUUAGCCCUGCAACUGUUGCUCCGACUUCAGCUGCAGAGAUUCCUCUACUGCUGCACAUGGUUCUCAAAAUGUCCCGUAUUCUCCAACCAACGGUUAUAUGUAUCGACGAGGCACACAAGCUGUUCUACAAGAAAAUCCCUCCAGGCGAAGCAUCACUGGAUCCAACAAAGCUUGGAAAAGUGCUCUUUAAGCAGUUGGUCAAGCAAAUCAAGAAAGACGAUAAGAUCCUGUUGGUGGGAACGUCCAGCCAACCAUGGACGGCCAAGAUGGGAAAGUUUAAGAAAUGUUUCGAGAAGUUUCUGCUGAUUCCGAAAACCGAUUACGGCUCCACGCAGCUACUAUGGAGGCAUGGCCUAAGCAAAAAGGUCGGUAUUUCGAAAGAUUUCGCCCUAUCGCCGCUGUCCUUGGUUACGAGAGGCUACUCUCCGGCGCAGAUACUUGGUAGUGUGAAACAGACCUUGGGGCUUAGAAGGAGGAUGAGAUUGACGCGAGAACCGCUCACAGCCCAAGAGCUACUGGAAUACUUUCUCAAACAAACUCCACCAGAAUAUCCCAUCACAGAUAAGGAGUACUUAAAAUUCACAAAAUUCUAUAAGAAAGCAGACAAACUAGCCAAACAGAGGGCCAAGAUGCUACAGAUUCGAGAAGCAGAGCUCGCCAAACAGAAAGCCAAGGAAGCAAAAAAGAAAAAGUAGAACUACGCCAAGGAACUGGUGAUAUUCGAUUUGAACGGAGAUCAUCUGCAUCAAGUAUAAAAAAUAACGAUCAUUUUAUUGAUUUUGUACAUUUGUUCAUCAAUGUAUGGCUCUCCAAAAUACGAUGAGACUUAAAAAACGAAACGUUUGAAAUGGUUUCUAAAAGAAAUAUAGAUACAAAUUUCGGUGUUUGUCAUGAACAU